AUAUGGUAGUGUUGAAACGCUAAGAGCCGCUAUCAGGGCCAUCCCUCAGAUAGUGUGUGAAGCCAUAAACAUCCUUGAAUUGGUGGACCAACAACCAUCUUGGAAGAUUAUGGACAAUAAAGGUCAGGUCACUGUAGUGCUUCACUGGGAUCAGCGGGACUUCCAGAGUACAGCAGAGAGAAAAGAUCCCCAAUAUCGCAGAAGAGAACCAGUAUGGAGUGUGGAGGUCAUGUCGCAAGAGGUUCAGACUAACGAUCAAGCCACUGCCAGUUUAAAAGACCUUCCUUCUUCAGGUAAGACUCAUGCCAGGUUUACUCUAGAAAGUUUGGGAUUGAAGUCUGCUGUGCGUAUGCUACCAAAAAAGCAGGAAGGAGAAAAUGGUAAUAUUCCCGAUCAUGAUCAUUCAUUGUGUGAUUUCCAUUGCUCUGCCUUUCAUGAAAGGAGUGCUCAUAUUAUAUUAAAUAAAUCUAUUGCUACCUCACCCAUUCAGGAAAAGCCAGAGGGGACUGAAGCUGGUUCUAGUGAAGUAAUCACACAUAAGAAAGGAGGAGCUAAAGGACACGUACAUUUUCAAGACGAACCUCAGGAGGUAAAGAACCGUGCAUGCGAUGAGUAUGAAUCGGACACUGAAAAUGCGACCAAUGAAGACGAACAGUUAUCUGAACAUUACCUCCUUUUAACGGAUCAGCUUUCCUUAGAUCAAAAUAAGCAUCUUGACAUCAAAGAUAUUGGUGUGAUCCUAAACCAUUUAAAUUCGAAGAUAGUGGAGGUUCAGAAACUCGAGCGAGAAAAAGAGAGUGCUGAAGUACACAACUGGACCAUCAAGGCCACCAUUCGAGGAGAAGUGGUCAGAGAGAUUGGAGUCAUUUACAAUGGACAGUAUUAUGGCAUAAUGGAACAUCCAGGGUAUUUUUGAUUGAGCUACAAUGUGAAGUGAAAGAGGGUUGUUUAUGAACUAUGGUAACAAACUGGAUAUCCAACCCCUAACCAUCCUGUAACUACACAGGUUAGAUGUCAUGAUUCUCCAACCCCUAAUCAUCCUGUAAGUACACAGGUUAGAUGUCCUGAUUCUGUAACCCCUAACCAUGCUGUGACUACACAGGUUAGAUGUCCUGAUUCUGUAACCCCUAACCAUCCUGUGACUACGUAGGUUAGAUGUCCUGAUUCUCUAACCCUUAACCAUCCUGUAACUACACAGGAUAGAUGUAGAUAAGUUGAAGUGUUGUGAUUUUGAAAUUAUGUCUAAAAUUGACCUCCUUGUGGGAGAAUUACAUUAAGGGAUCUUCCGAGAAAAAGUUAUCAUAUUCUGUGAUUCUAAAAGUAUCUGUAGUGUUGAGUUUCAUCUGUAAGAUAGAAUAAGGCAUGAUUCUAUUAGGAACAAAAGGGCUACUCCAUGUCUAGCUACCAUGAAGUACCGGAGGUAAUGAAGCAACAAAAAAAAAA